ACACCCAACCCAAAUUAUUCCUAUUUAUUUAUAUGUAAUUCUAGGGUUUCUGCCUUCUGGUGCUGCGCGGAUUGUAAACAGGAAAUCGCAACCUCCAUCUCUUCUGAUCUCUUCCGCCUUUCCGAGCAGCAACCAUGAUUAUCCCUGAUAAGAAUCGUAAGGCGAUCUCCAAGUACCUCUUUCAAGAGGGCGUCUGUUACGCCAAAAAGGAUUACAACUUGGCGAAGCACCCGGACAUUGAUGUCCCAAAUCUGCAGGUGAUUAAACUGAUGCAGAGCUUUAAAUCAAAGGAAUAUGUUCGCGAGACAUUUGCUUGGAUGCAUUAUUACUGGUACCUCACCAACGAUGGGAUCGAGUUCCUCAGGACUUACUUGAAUCUUCCUUCUGACAUUGUUCCCGCCACUCUCAAGAAGUCCGCCAAGCCCCUUGGACGUCCCAUGGGUGGCCCUCCCGGCGACCGCCCUCGUGGUCCGCCAAGAUUUGAAGGAGACAGACCGAGAUUUGGUGACAGAGAUGGCUACCGUGGUGGUCCUAGAGGUCCUGCCGGUGAAUUUGGUGGCGAGAAGGGUGGAGCACCGGCUGAUUACCAGCCCGCUUUUAACAGGGGUGCUGGUGGAAGGCCCAGCUUUGGCCGAGGAGGUGGUGGUUUUGGAGGUGGUGCAAGUGGUGCACCACCAAGCCCAAGUUUUUCUUAAACAUUCUAUUUGUUGCUCUAAGUGUUUGCAGACUCUAGUUGAAUUCUCUAAAUCUUAUUUCAGUUUCUGUAAUGCUGUUUUUUGUUUCAGCUAUCAUAGCAAAUGGAGGUUAUACAAUUCUACAAUUUUGUUAA